AGCUGUACAGGGUGUUCCCAUACACUCUCUGUCUCCCUUCUCUGUGGUUUUCUGUUAGCUGUGGCCAGUCUGUGCUGGCGUCCAUUUCAGAAACACACCCGAUCGUUUAAAAUCCAAUUUCCAUUGUUGCACUUUUACCUGUCGGCUGGAGAAAUGCAGUUAAGGUCUGUUCUUGGGUCACAGGACCCCUCACCCAGCCUAGUCUGUAAAUGUGACGUCAUGAUCCAGCAGGGGAAUGUCGUCUUCGGAUUGGGUGCCAUCAAGGAAAGAAAGGUGGUGGUCGCCCUCCCCAUCAGUGCACUUUUUGUGUAUUGACUUGCAUCUAGUUGGUCAAACUGCAAAUCUCCACUUCUGCGUAAAAGAACUUAUUUUAUAGUACAAACCUCUUUCUGGUGUUACCACUUUAGUAAAGCAGUCUUCACAGACCUUCUUAAUUUUAUAAUGCAGGAACUAGCCUAGUGGGGGGGUUUCAUCAGAGUCCUUGCAAAGUGAAAUGGAUUAUCUGGGGAAGUGCUGAGCAAAAGACGAAAUACUUAAUUAUGUCCUCAUCCAAUGAGCCAGAUGGAUGCAACUAGACGGGAUGAACAAGCUGUAAAAACAAUAUUACUUCGGUUGGAGGUUGGCUGAUCAAAAGCACAAUUCUAGGACCAUUUUUGUCUUGCAUUUCUAGCGCGCAAGGUGAGAUUACCUGCUGCAACACAAAGGUGCGGUGCUGUCGGGAGUCUUGCAGAAGUUUCUACUUGGUCAUACUGCGAAGUCUCUCUAGCGUUAAUUAUAUUAUUACUACACGUAUUAUUUUUGUAGCAAUCAUCACUCUGUGAAAGUCUGAUUUUAUCUCUUUGACUGCCCUAGGGAACACGCUGGAUGUGUAGCAGCACCGGUGAUGGAAGUGUAGAUACUGACAUUGCUGGAGUGGCUGGAGAGCCUAAACGGAAAUUAAGAGGGAGAUAGUGAGUGGGAUACUAAUAAUAACCAGUAUCUUGGAGCGGAGCGCAGUCCCAGGCAUUCUCAGCCAGCCAGUCCGACCCUUGCUAAUAAAGCCUGGAAAGUAAUGGACACUGCGGAUAUGAGCUGGAGCGAGCGCAGCAGGAGCAGCAGCGAGCUGGUGAGCUGAGCAGGAGGUCUCACAGCUCAGUGCACAACUGCGCACAGGCAGUGGGGGAUCGGAGGGAGCUGGUGGGCAAACUGCAUGGAUAUACAGCCAGAGCUGGAUUGGGGGACCGAAGCAGCACCACUAAAGACUGACAACCUGUGUCGGAAGACCCUUGGCCACACAAUUUACACGAUCACUGCAGGGCUACUUGCACUUCAUCCGCUGGCUAGCUUUUCACCUGCGUUUUCCUAGGAAUUAGCUGGGACAGGACAACAACAGAGGGAUUGCUAUACGCGUUCCAUAUACUUCUGAUUACUGGAAUAAACUUGAGGGAUUAUUUUCUCGACUAGCUGGAUCUUAAAUUAUUGUUGCUGUACACUUGCUUUGGAGUACGUGUGUGUUGAAAUCCAUACAGGAUAAGGAAUACUGUUUACCUUUUCUGCUGAAGACGGCAUCAUCAUCAAAAUGUUUUUAUCCGCCUUUUACUUUCUUCUGGUAGUAAUGGAUAUACUUCUGUCUACGGAAGUGAACAGCAUGGACUGCGUGAAAGCCAGCGAACUGUGCCUGCAAGAUCAGAGCUGUAGCACCAAGUAUCGAACUCUUAGACAAUGUGUGGCAGGCAAAGAGGGCAACUACAGUAGCAUGGUAAUUGGCCCUGAGGCCAAGAGCGAAUGCAGGACUGUAAUGGAGUCGCUCAAGCAGAAACCCCUUUACAACUGUCGCUGCAAGAGGGGUAUGAAGAAAGAGAAGAAUUGUCUGCGUAUUUACUGGAGCCUCUACCAAAGUUUGCAGGGUAACGACCUUCUAGAGGACACUCCAUACGAACCAGCUAACAACAGACUGUCUGAUAUAUUUAGAUUAGCUCCUAUCAUCUCAGGAGAGCCAGUAGUCUCAAGGGGAAACAGCUGUCUAGAUGCAGCAAAAGCCUGCAAUCUGAACGAUACUUGCAAAAAACUUCGAUCUGCUUAUAUAAGUCCUUGUACCACAAGUACGUCAAAUGAAAUUUGUAACAAGAGAAAAUGUCACAAGGCCCUGCGACAGUUUUUUGACAAAGUUCCCCCAAAGCACAGUUAUGGAAUGUUAUUUUGCUCCUGUCGAGACACAGCCUGCAGAGAGAGGAGGCGUCAAACAAUUGUCCCUGUUUGCUCAUAUGAUGAGAAAGAAAAACCAAAUUGCUUGAAUUUGCAGGAAACCUGCAAGAAGACUUAUGUUUGCAGAUCCCGGCUUGCAGAUUUCUUUACAAACUGCCAGUCAGAGACACGGACUGCUAGUGGCUGCCUUAAAGAAAACUAUGCUAACUGUCUGAUAUCUUACUCUGGGCUAAUUGGCACUGUUAUGACUCCCAAUUACUUAGAGAGCAGCGUAAUUAGAGUUGCCCCAUCAUGUGACUGUAGUAACAGUGGGAAUGAUAAAGAAGAAUGUGAAAAAUUUUUAAAUUUCUUCAGGGACAACACGUGCCUUAGAAAUGCAAUCCAAGCCUUUGGGAAUGGAACAGAUAUAAAUGUAUGGCAACUAGCUCCACAGGCACAAACUCCCACAGUAACUACACUAUCAUCCUCAAAAGGGAAGGGGAAAUCGAUCCUAACUAAUGAGGUCACCACAGCAGAUGAUGCCAAUGCAUUUGUUUCAUGUUCAAAUCUACAGGCACAAAAGUUGAAAUCCAAUGUGUCCAUGGAAACAGAACUCUGUAUUCCUGAGCAACCACAAAUUCCAGUUGAGAGGACUAGGGGAGGUCCUGAUGGAAAUUCCAUAAGCCACAUAGCCACAGAAAAUAGCUCAGUUUCUCUUGCCCAGGCCUCCUGGAAUCCUGUGCUGAUCUUACUUGCAAUUACGCAUUUCACCCUCCUAAUUCCGUAUUUAAUGGACAUAUUAUAACUCUGCUAAAUAAGGAACAUUAACAUUACAAUGUGUUCCAUCUCCUCUGUUGUUGUUUCCAAAAUUCUUAUCCUCGAAGCUAUUAUGAAGCAGUUUCAUUGCAAAUGGAAGUAGCAGCUUCUUUUGAUACCAGGAGCUGGGAAGAUACCUGAUGCAGUGAGACGUUCCAAGCAGAAAUGACUUUUGUGCAUAAAGAAUUUGAAAAAAAAUUACAAUAUUGCAGAUUGCUUGGGCAGUGGCAUAGUAUGCCAGGGAGGAAGAAUGCAUUCUGCCAGUUUAUAACAUGUUUCUUCCUUGAAUCACACAAGAUUGUGGAUACCGUCAGUAGGAUGUUUAGGUUAAAACUACACAGAGCAGGUUUUCACUUUGUGAUCAGAUGGGACACUCUGCUGUUUUCUUUACUUGAUGAAUUACUACAAAUGUUAAAAUAUUUCAUUGUACAGUGAGUUUCCAUUUGCUGUUUGUGUGUUGUAAGAGCUUCUACAUCCAAGUCAGAGAAUAAUCAUAUCUGCAGUGACUCAUAACAAUGUGUAAUAUAUGCUUUUUGGUUACUCUAGCCAAGUAUACUUCAGACUGCAAUAUGUUUGUAACAGCUUCUACAGUUAUUAUUGUUAUCUGCUAGCCUUAAUAUGCGAUAAAUAUUUCUUAUAACUGUCACAGUCUAAACUGUGGUGUGAGUGCUGAUACAGAGGUAGAUCUUGGAAUCGAAGAUUUAAUUAAUUAUUGCAAUCGAUCAGAGCAGGACCAGUAUUUUUAAAGCUACCCAUUUAAACUUAAUGUAUGUAUCAUACCUCUCCAAGUCUGAUAUACUAUAAAUUCAGUGAGAGCUGUUUCAUUUAAUUUGCUACUUAUUUUGACAUAUUUGCUAGUUGAAUAAAUAAUAAAUCAUCAGAUAACUAAAGCUUUUUUUAAAGUGGAAUAGUUUCUAUUAAAUAGCUUUGCCAUCACAAGAAAAGCAGCUUGGUGUGAUGGAACGCUCUCUGUAUAUUAAAUGAAUCAAUCACGCAGUACUGCAUUCAGUGCUGAUACCAAUAAGAUGAUUUUCAGAAUCUUCUGGAGACACACUUCCCUUCACUCAAUUAAUCAUCUUUUUUUCCUCAGUCCCAUGCACUGAGAAUGUUUUUGUGUGUAUAAGAGUGCUAAAAAAAAUCCAGUUUUGUAAUCUAAGAGGCACUUAAAUCUUUAUGGGGAUAUAGGUACAAUAUUAUCAAUUAUUUCCAAGAAGACAUGUAUUAGGCACCAAUAUGUCAUCUGAAUUUUAAAUUAAGCAGUAACUAGAAAGGAAUGAUUUAUUGCUUCAGAAUAUUCUGCACAGCAUUCUGUUACUGGUUAUACUGAAAGUGUCUACAUUAUAAACUUGGAUUUUAAAAGAUAUAUGGUACUGAAAAGAUCUGAAAGUAAAAAAUAAACUCAUUGUUAUUUAUACCGAAAAAGAUGAAAACAUUUACAGCAUCUUUUAAGAAAAAAAAAACAUCAUUAAAAAUGUUUACCCUUUAA